CUCGAGACUGCCCCCUCCCCUCCACGAAUUCUCCUUCCAAAUGCAUAUACACCGCCACGAUUUCGUACCACCACGACCACCCAUCUCACCGAUCUCCUGCUCAUGGACGCCGACGAUCCCUCCGCCGCCACCGCUUCCUCCUCCGACGAAACCUUCUUCGAUGCCCUUGACUCGCUCCCCUCCCCGUCGCCUUCGCCUUCCCCUUCCCCUUCGCCUUCCCCUUCCCCUUCCCAUAUCUCCUCCUCUACGCUCCAUCGCCGCCCGCGCCGCGCAAAAAGUGUAAAGCAGCCCGACUCUAUUCUCUCAUCACCCCCCUCGGCCUCCGCGGCCACCUCCACCGUCACCGCCGUCGAGGACGAGCAUCUCAAGCCCGAUUCCUCCGAGGCCACCAGCGCCACUUCCCGUACUGACCCCGCACCCAAGGAGGAGGAGGAGCAGGAGGAGGAGGAGGAGGAGGACAUUAAGGCUACGGACGUGGAUGCGGUUGUUGAGGUGGAGGCGCCUGCUCCUACGGCGACGCCGUCGCCGGCCCCGAGCAUACUCGAGUACCUCGCCGUGCUCGUCGUUAAGGCAGUGGUCUUCCAGGUCAGCGCGCUCGUCAGCUGCCUCGCGUUCCCGGUUCGGCUGCUGCAAUGGUGGUUCCUCUUCGUGACCGACCCGCUCGGUCUGGCCCGGCGCGCGAGGGCGUGGGUGCUCGGUAUGGCUGGGGACGCCGCGGGCACUCUGAUCGCACGUCUUGGAGGAGGGGAUGGUAUGGGGAAGGUGGCGCGGAGGAUUGUGUGGGGGUCGCUCUGGGCUGCAUAUGUCUGCGCGGUUCUGUGUGCGCUGCUGAUUAUGGCAUUCCUGGGAGGGGGGCUCUUGGUGGGAAGAAUUGUUGAAGAACCUGUUCAAGUGACAGAGACCCUGAAUUUUGAUUACACCAAACCUAGCCCAAUGGCGUUUGUGCCGGUGCCGAGGUUGGUGCCCCCCAAUCAGCGGAUGCAGCUUGAGGUUUUGCUGACACUACCGGAGUCUGAUUACAACCGGAGGCUUGGUGUUUUCCAGGUAAGGGCAGAGUUUCUCUCCGCCGAUGGCAAAGUGAUCUCAACUUCAAGUCAACCAUGCAUGCUCAAGUUCAAAAGCGUACACAUGCACUUCAUCGAGACUUUUCUCCAGAGCGUCUCUCUUCUGUCCGGCUACUCAUCGGAAUCUCAGGUUAUUAGACUGAAGAUGAGGGGUAUCACCCAAGGUCUGGAACCAACAACUGCGGUGAGGAUAAUCCUGGAGCAAAGAGCAGAGUUUGGUCGCGGUGCAGGCAUUCCAGAGAUAUAUGUUGCAUCACUAAAGCUCGAGGGCGAACUUCCUCUCGUCAGAAGAUUGCUCUGGAACUGGAGGUGGACCUUUUUUGUCUGGAGCAGCACGGGGUUGUUUGCUAUUGAAUUGCUGUUUGGGCUUGUGUGCUGUAGAUCCUGUAUAUUUCCCAGGAGUGGACACAAUGUUGCUGCUCCUUAAGACCUUGGGCUAACCUCAUGUAACGUAUUGUACAAUUUCCGAAAUAAAUGAAAAGGCGGCAUUUGAUGUGGUACAA